AUGGAUCUGCCCACGACCUUCGAACCCCGAGAAAUGUCCAGAUCUAUUGAAUUACGUUUGAAAGAGUCGCUCCCCGCCCCUACCGACCAGCCAAAGCUUUGCGACGAUACCUCGGCCAAGGGAGCAAUAUCAACGAGUGAACUCGUCCAUUUGCCCUCCGACGCAGACGCCGACGCCGACUCAGCGAGUGCUACCUCUGCUACCUCCGCCAACUCUUCCCUCUCCUUGAACAACGCCUCUACUGAUUCAACAAUGUCACCGUCCGUUGGCCACGAGUUCACUCUAUUCCCCAAAUUACCCUGCGAACUCCGCGCCAAGAUCUGGAGAUUGGGAAUCCGGGUCGGUCACUUCAGCAUUCAGCAUGCAUCAUACAAAACGACCGGUGAGUCAUGGGCCCUCUGGAAGAGCGAAGAGACCGAUAGCCUGCCGAUCACCCUCUGCAUCAAUCGUGAGAGCCGGGCGGAAACGCUGCGCAAGUGCUUCCUGCUCCCCCGUACGGGCGCGCGGCCCAUCUACGCGAACCCGGCCACCGACGUUUGCUGGCUCGAGUUCGUCACGUUGAUCUACAGUCAGCGCGAGCUCUCCGACUGGCUGUUGAGCCUCCACGUCCUGGGGCCCUUGAAUUUCCUGUCGGCCAUCACCCGGCUGGAGGUCCGCGACUUCUUCUUCGCCCCCUUCUUCAAGAAGAUGGUUGCCGAGAACUACAUCAAGUUGCGGGAUCGCCGCGCCCUCUACUUUGCCGCUUUCCUGCACUUCCCGAGCCUGAAGCAGAUCUGCUUCACGAGCUGCAACAGUGCGGAUUGGGCGAGUGUUGCCGACAAUGCGGCGAUGGAGUGGGCGCGUGCCUGGAUCGGCGCGCUGCUGGAGGAGAACAAGGACUGUUUCGAGGGGGGAAAGGUGCCGCAGCUGGUCUUCCGAGAGUAUAAGACGGUCGAGGAUAUUAUGUUGGAGGACUGA